AUGAUGGGACAGAGAGUUCUGGCCCAGCAAUCGGUGAAAGAGAUGUGGAAUCAUGCAUUUGCAAUAUCCAUUUUGGAACGUAGAAGUAAUAAUGAGUCAAAACAAAGAUCCACUGCAGACAUGUUGGAAGCCCUUUGUGAAUUAAUUUUGGUUUUUUUCUGCUAUCAAGUUGAUUCAGUAGAACUUCAAAGAGAGGGACAUUAUAUUGCUGCUGUGUAUGAACAUGAAUCCAUACUGAGUCCUAAUCCAACAGCCCUCACUGAUCGACAGUCUGCAUUAGAACUAAUGAGAAGAAAUCUAGACAUCUAUGAAGAACAAGUAAUAGCUGCAGCCAAACAAGGGGCGCAGAUUAUCGUCUUUCCUGAAGAUGGAAUCCAUGGCUUCAACUUCACCAGAAAGUCAAUUUUCCCUUACUUAGAAUUUGUUCCACAUCCCCACUCCAUGACAUGGAAUCCAUGCAGACAGCCACAUCUGUUCAACGACACACAGGGUUUUAACAGAGUAAUGCAGUGGUUGUACCAAAUGUGUCCGUGUCAUCCCGCCCCCACCUAA